UUUACAACCGACAGUGAACUUCGAAUCCUCCGCAUGAAACCUCGAUACCAUUAACGUAGCUUAUCAGUGAUUUUACUUACGAGGAUGGCCAAUCACUUUAUCAUCGUCUGGAUGACAGCUGCUCUCUUCCUAGUAAUAGUCACUUCAGAAAAUCCCGGAAUAUCGAUCCUAGGCGACCUAUCAUCCUUGACUGAAGGGAAAGAUUUGGACGAAAAAAGUAUCGAUACUUGGCUUCAUGGCGAAAAUGACGAAAUGACUUAUGAACCAGUUAGCCAAGCGGACCCAGAAUCGGACAGCGAUUCGUCUGAAGAUAUCUCUAAAGUUUAUGGGCCGGUCACCCAGCGAGACGAUUCAGAAACAACAACUGUCGAAAAUUCUGAUGCAGAGGAAAUAGAUAAACUCUUCUACCAAUUUAGAAUGUUACAUUUUCGAAUGAAGACUGUAAACGAGAGCACGGUAUACCUCGAAUGGACGAUUAUGAACGCCACCAAUGGUUUGGAUUCAAAUCGACUUCUCAACAUAUCCACAAUAAACAAAUUCAAAACCGAGUUGCUUGCUAUGAACCAAAGAGUUUCUAUGAGUAAGGAAAUCUGUCACAAGUACUCAGACUUGCUAGGAAAAUGCAAUUUCACCAUUGCUGUAAAAUCUUGUUCCAAUUACCAAUUUCGUCUUGGUGGUGAACGAAAUACAGAAAUUGUGACCACUGUUGGUGUCGACCCUUCCAGCUUGCGUGAAGACCUUUCGGAAAUGAGCAAUUCACCAAUUAAACUGCGUUGGAAAAUCACUUGCGACAGCGAUUUUAUGGUACCAGUUUUCGUGACACUUGCCGACAUGAAGACAUCAGCACCGAAGUAUGAAAAACUUAAUGCGACAUGUGAAAAUAGAACAUGCGUGACAACAACGGAAAAAUUACGCACUACGCCUUGUUCCAAGUAUUCUUUACAGAUAGACGGAAGCGACCUCCGGAUAAUAAAUACUCCUCCAACUACAAAGAAUUUGAGUGCGGAAGCAAUUCCAUGGAAAAAUCAAUACUUACUGCGCUGGUCUAUCACUCCCGUUAAUUGCCAAAAUGAUCCCGUCUUGCUCAUGGCAAAGACAAACUCGCUCGAGAAACCGUUAUAUAAUAAACUCGUGUUGAACGCUUCCCCAAAUGACUAUUGUCAUAAAGGAUUUUGUGAGUAUGCAUACGAAGUAGAGCCUUGCGUAACACACUGGAUAAAAUCAAGCAAUCCGAACUCCUCUCCUCUGAAAUUACUGCGACCAAGAGUGUUGGAUUUCGCAAGCGCAUACACCGGUGACUUGGACAAUCCAGUCAGUUUGUCUUGGAAAUCAGGGUGUCUUUUUGACGAAACAAAUUUUUCGAUAGCAUUAACGGACGGAGCAACUCAGCAGAGAAAUCUCAGCAAUGUUGACGCCCAGUGUGAUGACGAUUCUCAGCAGUGUAGCGUCAAUUUAUCUAGAGACCGCAACGAGUUACUUCCGUGCAAUAGAUAUGACGUGGAGAUAGACGGAAGUAAAGAGAUAACAACUUUCGAAACACCACCACCGCCCACAGCCUUCUUACGUCCAUUAGCAUCUACCUACACUACGAAUGGAACACUCGUCAUCUCCGUAGCUUUUGAGGGAAUACAACGAAGCUGCGGUGAAUGGAAGAAUUCGAUCGAAUUGCAAUUUUUAGAUCUACCAUCAAAGGCCAUGCUUUUACCGUGUACCAACAACGAAAAUGGUAUUCGAAAAAACUGUACCGUGGUCAUUCCAAUAGACCAGCCAGAUAUUAUAUGCAAUCCGGUACACAACAUCGGAAUUCGACCGGUGUAUUGGAGAUCGGACGCGAACGCCAGUUUGUACCGAGGCAGUUGGUUAAACACAACGUUCACACCUAUUAAACCUGAAUCGUGGGGUGAUGAAGAAAGGUUAACUGACCUUGUUGUAAGGGCUAACGCAAGUCACCAACUUAUGACGUUAGAAUGGAGAAAUCCUCUUUGUUUUCGAGGAUCGGCAACUUAUCCAACAAACUUGACAAUCGUCUCGUCUGGCACUAAAGAACCGCUGGAAUACCACUUGACAAUUGCUUCUCAGUGCGCAAGGUCGAACAGUGACCUGUCGAAAAGUUCAAUUACCAUUCACGACGGGGAAAUAACAUGUUCUGACGGAAAGAAACAGCCCGAUAAAAUAAUCAAACCCUUCCUAUUGACACCGUGCACUAAUUACUCCGUUAUCAUCUCCGUUGCGGUGAAACCACUGAAAAUUGGUGAUCCGGAGCCCCUUAGCGAAAAUUCAGCAACGAGCACUUUCAUUACCGAGUUCAUUCAUCUGCAACUAGAAAGCUUGUUCCCCGAUAAUAUACAAGUGUCUGCAUCUCAUUCGAUAGGCAAAAAAUGGGAAUUGAAACUUGGCGUACAAAAGAAAUACUGUCCGUGUGACGAUCGCAUAAUAUCGGCUGCGUUCAACGUACCUAACGCUAAAACUAAACAGCAGAGUAUUUCGUGUAACAAGAGCAUCAGUUGCCAAGGCAAAGUCGAAUUCAAUCAUUUGAACUUGUGUAAACCUCUUGCCGUUAAUGUCGGGUUAAAAUAUUCAAAAACGAGCACGGACCAGAUAUUUUGGUUCAACAAAACUCUUCCUCCGUUAGUGGAAGAAAAUGGAAACAAGAGUAAGACUUCCCCGGAUAGUCUGAAAAUAAAAGAAAUCGGUCGACACAUGUUGCAACUACAAUGGAAAGAUCCUGUUUGUCUGAACGGAGUCGUCUCUUCUUGGAAUAUGGAAUUUCGCCAAGCGAAUGGAAGUCUAUUUCGGACCUUGAACAUUCCGUACAACUGUACUGAUACGAACGGACGUAACGAACUCUCAAGAGGUCACAAAGUUUACUUAGAAGGAGGUCAAGUUGUGUGUGAGACGAAUCGGAAAAAUUACGAUAUCGAUCUUUUUCCAUGCACUAAUUACUCCGUUAUUGUAACGCCGGUUGUCGAGGGGCUAACACCUGUACAGCUGUUGGAGUUUUCACACUCAGACAACUUCACUUCGCUCUUCAAUCCUUCCAACUUGGCAGACGUAAAAAUUGUUGAUGUUACAUCAAACAAUUUCGAAUUAUAUUGGACCAUACCAUCUCGCUGUUCAAAUUCAUUCGAAAUAGAUGUGGAAGUUAAUGGAACCAUUUUAUCCAUCAAGCCCUCAAACGACACUUCAGGUUCUAAUACUACGGUUUGUGACGAAGUCGUAUGUCGAAUGACUAGGAGUAUCAGCCCAAGCCAAAUGAUGUUGGCACCUUGUUCCGAUUACACCGUUCGUGUUGGAUCAACCGAUCUCAAGUUAACUACACUCCCAGGGGAUAAUGAGUUGAAGAUCUCCCCAGAAAAGAUUUCUGUAUCGACAGUUAUCACUACCAACAAUAACCUGGAUAUUGCGAUGACAUUUCAUACGUUUGAUAAGCGCUGUUCCGCACGGCUAGUUGCGAUUGAAUUUCAGCUUCCGGACGUCAAUCCUCCCAUUCAACAUGUUCUACUUUGCGGACUUACGACUAGCAAUAGAGAUCCGUCAUCAACAGUUUGUUCAACACAAUUCGCGAUAAAUAGAAUGGACAAGUGCGAGGCGCUGCAGUUCAAUUUCCAUCCGAAAUACGAAGACGUUUCUUUCGCCGAUAAAGUAAGCUGGGCUAGUAUGAAGCUAAAUCCCCUCUUAAGUCAAAUUCAAAGAAGCGAAAAAGAAAUGACGGUACCUGAAGUCAAAGUGAUCGACAGCAAUAAGCAGCAAACGGUACUGAUGAACUGGAAUGACCCGGAGUGUUUGCUGGUUAAUUCUUUGUCAUGGGAAGUUCGAAUCAACAGCACCGCCGAUGACAUGUACCGCAUCCGAUUUCCGUCUGAAUGCUCCUUUGCUGAUAAAGAGACGACAUCUUUUGAACGUAGUGUCAAGCUAGAAAACGGACACUUGUUACAAUGCAAUAACUCGCACAACACCUUUAAAAAUGAGAAAGAUUUUACCUUUUUGUCGUGUUCGAGUUAUUUGGUGACGGUAAUUCCGGUCGAUGGCAACUUGGGAUCGGUUGAUACUUAUGCCCAAUCGAAAUAUCUUCACAUUCCACUCGUUGUCAACGUACCGAAUGUUACAAAUGUAACUUCUAACAGUUUCAGCUUGGAAUGGUCUUUCCUUCGCGAAUGUAUAGAUUAUGUUGAUAUGGGUCAAGUGUCGACGACAGUAGAAUUGGAUGGAACUGAAACUGAAAUUAAUCCGUUAACUCUUACCUUGGAAUGUGACGAAAUGAAAUGCACAAGGCUUUGGACGAGUCCUGACAAUCUAACUUCAUGUACUGUGUAUACGGUCUCAGCUGGCUCCGUCGUUCAAAAAGUUUCAACUCUGCCAGAUCAAGCUCGCAAUUCAUGUCAUUCUUACGGGCGUUCUACUUUCCGGGACACCUCAACUUCAGUUACAAUAAUAAUCUGCCUAUCAAUGUUCGGCUCCAUUCUUCUUGGCGUAAUCGUAGGAAUUGCUUUCGGAAUCCGCAAACGGAGUAUUGAAUCCGGAAAGUUAGACCUCAAGAAACAAGAGAAAAAAAUCAACGCCCGACCAAAGGCUCUAUCCGUAUCUGCUGAGUCUCACCUAUCGGGCGUGGUCUUCUAAACUGUGAAACCGAAGCUGAUUUCCCGAUGCUUCAUUUGAGCUGAGGAAACCAUCAUUUUUUAGCAUUUAUUACAUGUUUAGCCUAAAUUCUUUAAAUAUUUAACGUUUACGAUUGCUUCUCAUUUGUUUGAUGCCUUCCAAUAAAAUUAUCAAAUUAUUCGA